UGACAUCCGGCAUUCCGCAAGAAAAUGAAAAGAAAGCGAGCGUUGCACGCGCUAGGUUGAGAUGAGAUCACCUGUAUCGGAUGGAUUAAAUUAGAUAUCCCGGUGUAGUUUCAACACAAAAGAGACCACAUGUUGACAAGAUCGACUGAGCAGCACGAGCCGGAGGCAAUUUUAGAAGGACUCUUGAUCUGGUUGAGUGGACGGAGUAAUCGGUUAAUGGCAAUCUGAUAUUUGCCUGAUCUAAUACAGUGACUGCGCCAGACAAAUCAAAGCAUUUCAGACUUCAUUUCCAGCAUCGAAACGUCGCGCAGUGAAAGAUGAAUCACCUGUCUUUGAGUGAGCUGUGCUGCCUCUUCUGCUGUCCUCCAUGCCCAAGCAAAAUCGCCUCCAAGCUGGCUUUUCUCCCUCCAGAGCCCACUUACACUUUAAUGUCCGAUGAGAGUGGCAGUCGAUGGACCCUUCACCUAUCCGAGCGUGCGGAUUGGCAGUAUUCCUCCCGGGAGAAAGACGCCAUUGAGUGCUUCAUGACCCGGACAUCAAGGGGGAACCGUAUCGCCUGCAUGUUUGUGCGAUGUUCUCCCAAUGCUCGCUAUACCCUGUUGUUUUCUCACGGUAACGCUGUAGACUUGGGUCAGAUGAGUAGCUUCUACAUUGGCCUGGGAUCCCGCAUCAAUUGUAACGUGUUUUCCUAUGACUACUCUGGUUAUGGAGCAAGCUCAGGAAAGCCCUCAGAGAAAAAUUUGUAUGCUGAUGUAGAAGCGGCCUGGCACGCGCUGCGAACAAGGUACGGAAUCAGACCGGAGAACAUAAUCAUUUAUGGGCAGAGCAUUGGCACGGUUCCUUCGGUUGAUCUCGCCUCACGGUACGAGAGUGCUGCAGUUAUCCUUCACUCCCCUCUGACCUCAGGCAUGCGAGUGGCUUUUCCCGACACCAAGAAGACGUACUGCUUUGAUGCGUUUCCCAACAUUGAUAAAAUCUCCAAAGUCACUUCUCCGGUGUUGGUGAUCCAUGGUACGGAAGAUGAGGUGAUCGAUUUUUCCCAUGGACUGGCGUUGUAUGAGCGCUGCCAAAGGCCCGCGGAGCCGCUGUGGGUGGAGGGGGCGGGCCACAACGAUGUAGAGCUGUAUGGACAGUACCUGGAACGCUUGAAACAGUUUGUUGCCCAUGAACUUGUGAACUUAGAAAUUGAACCUCUAGAUUAGGACUGACCUCACUUGAUAAACGUGGCAACUGUGAACCAGACUGCUUUUUUCCUCAUGAGUCGCAGUGCUCUGGUAUAGAGAACAUGGGAGGAGUGUCCUUACUGCCUUUCUGAUGAUGUACCUGUGGUGGAGUGGACGAGGGGUCUGCUGGUUCAGUAGCCCUACGUUAGUUUCUGCUAUGUGUCUUGAUACUAUGUACUAAAAAAUUUAAACUCAUUCCAUAGUCUAUACUAUGAUUUUGCUGUAUGCAUGUGUUUAGGACCAUUAAGGAAAUCCAAUACUGUACAAAGAGGUGCAACAUUCUGACACAACAUUUCGCCAUGCAGGUGAUGCCAAAAAUUCAGUACUGAUCUUUGAUGUUACUUUGUACUAGGAACAAUGUUUAUAACUUGUCUGUUUAACCACAUUAUGUACACUGUAUGCCAUUUUAUCAAUUUAAUUUGGAUUUUGUUUUUUGGAUGUCCACCAGUGUAAAUGUAUUGUCCUGUGCAGACCUUGAAAAUAAUGUUUUAAAUGUCAAAUAAACUUAUAGACUUCGGAAAUAAAAGAUACACUUAGUUGUGGCUUAAAACAGCCCAAUAUAAAGACACUUUUACUAUCAAAGCAGAGUGUAUUUUUCUUCACUAUUUGUGUGAGGCUUAAAAAUCAGUCAAUUACACAUAAAUGUUGUUGAACAACACACUUGAUUCUGUAUGGAAUCAUCACUAAUUUCUACUGUCUUGACAAAUGAAACCCAUAUAAAGAAAUGCACACAACUGUUUUUUUCAUGCCAUGAUAAAGCUGUUACUUUAGACCACUACUGCUAAAUUUAGCAGGUGCAUUGUAAAGUUUUUUUGUUAUAUAAUCCUCAUAAAGUUUUCCUUAAGGAACACAUGAUAUAUGAUAUGAGUGUGGAUGGAUGUGUAAAUGUGAACUAUCAAUUUGUACUUCUGAAAAAGACUGUCUCCCUGUUCUGUUUAGUAUUUUGAUAACCAUUAAAAUGGUAACAAUUUUGUUACCGAUGUAACUUGAUUUACUAUCCUAUGUAUGGCAUAGAAAAUGUUUUAAAUGGUCAGACUAAUGUUUUUUUUUUUGUUAAACACGCGUUGAUAAGAUUAUUGUAUAAUGAUAUUGAUAAUAGUUAUACUACAGAAGUGAAAAUAAACAUGUAUUUAAAAAAAACUAGAGAC